CAAUAAGCACAGAUUGCAUAACUAAACCAUAAAACGAGAAAGAAGAAAAUACUCACUCCCUUUUAAAUUUUCCUCAUCUUUCAUCUUCCCCCACCCCCUAAAUUCCCAAAUAUUGAAUCUUGUUUUUCUAAAUAUGGAAGAGCUGAGCUUCAUUGUGGGUGUUAUAGGCAAUGUCAUCUCAGUUCUGGUUUUUCUUUCUCCAGUUGGAACGUUUUGGAGGAUAGUGAAGAAUGGAUCAACGGAGGAUUUUGAGAGUCUUCCUUACGUUUGCACAUUGUUGAGUUCAAGCUUGUGGACUUACUAUGGAAUCACAAAGCCUGGGGCUUACCUUGUUGCCACUGUGAAUGGCUUUGGCAUCCUGGCUGAAGCUGUCUAUGUUGUUUUGUUCCUGAUAUAUGCACCCAGAAAGAUGAGGGUGAAGACUGGGAUUUUGGUGGGGAUAUUAAAUGUGGGGUUCCUAGCAGCAGCUAUUUUGGUUACUCAUUUAGCAUUGGAAGGAGACACUCGAAUCGAUGCAAUAGGGUUCAUGUGUGCUGGGCUUAACAUCAUCAUGUAUGGCUCCCCUUUAGCUGCCAUGAAAACGGUAGUGACAAGCAAAAGUGUAGAAUACAUGCCAUUUUUUCUGUCGUUUUUCCUGUUCUUGAACGGAGGAAUUUGGGCAUUCUAUGCAUUGCUGGAGCACGACAUUUUCCUUGGGGUGCCAAAUGGGAUAGGUUUUCUACUUGGAACAGCACAACUUAUUCUGUAUGCCAUUUUUCGCAAAGCAAGGCCAUCAAACGACACCAUUUCUCAAGGAUUACUGGAACAAGGUUUUCAAAAAGAACGUCGAGGAGCAUCAUCAGAAUCGGUGGUCGGGGGAAAAAGUAUUCCAGGGUUUUCGGUCUUCCUCUUCAAUUUUUGUUCAUCGUCCUGAAGGGUUUCAUUCCUUGGAAAUCAUUGCUUCCUUUUCUGUUUUCUGCAUCGUUCAGCAGGUACAGAACUCAUAAACUAGCAUUUCAUUCCAUUGCUUCAUUGCUACUGUCGGGUGAUUUUAUUUCGUUGCUUCCUUUUCUAUUUUCUGCGUCGUUUACUGUUAAGGGUUUGGACUAAAUGUGUAGAUUUCAUUGCUGUCGGUGGAAUCACCUGCUACUGUCCUUUUAGUGAAUUUAUU